AUGUUGUAACAAACAUGUUGUGAAUAUCGUUAAGAUUACUAAGUAUUCCGACAAAUUGCUCCGCAUGAGAGCAAUAGACUUCUUGAGAGAUCGGUGAAACUAAGUUGUUGAAAAUGAAGCCGCUUCUACUGAUUUUGACAAAAAAGCAACUAUGUGGGAAUUUAUUUUACAGAUACUCGAAUGAGUUUGGACGUUUCGUCAAGAAUUUAUCCCAUCCUAAUGUGGGACUCUUCAACCAGUUGAGGGGGAUCAGUGUUGUGCACGGGAAUUUGAAAGAGUUGUCGCCUAAGGUGCGUGGUUAUGUGGAAGCAAAUGUAGAUUUGUGCAGACCGGAAAGAAUUUAUAUUUGCGAUGGGUCUGACAAUGAAAACAAUCAACUUGUUAAACUUAUGCAACAACAAGGGACAAUCGUACCUUUGCCUAAAUAUGAAAACUGUUGGUUGGCAAGAACGAAUCCUGCUGAUACCGCAAGAGUAGAGUCAAAGACAUUUAUUUGUACUGAAACCAAGUCUGAAACCAUCCCCACACCAAAGGAUGGUGUUAAAGGUGCCUUAGGCAACUGGAUAUCGCCUCAGGAUAUGAAUGCCGCUAUAAAAGAACGAUUCACUGGAUGUAUGACUGGUAGAACGAUGUACGUGGUGCCCUUCUCCAUGGGGCCCAUCGUUUCUCCAUUGUCCAAAAUAGGCAUUGAACUGACUGACUCCCCUUACGUAGUGGCAUCCAUGAGGAUAAUGACCAGAAUGGGCAAAGCAGUUCUGGAAAAACUGCUCGAAGGGGAAGACUUCGUGAAAUGCCUACACUCUGUUGGCACUCCCGAUAACGGCUCUGUAGAAAUGCCUAGUUGGCCGUGCGAUCCCAAGAGGACGAUCAUCCUCCACAGACCAAAGGACAACGAAAUCGUCUCUUACGGAAGCGGCUACGGUGGCAAUUCCUUGUUGGGAAAGAAGUGUUUUGCAUUGAGAAUCGGUUCCACGAUCGCUAGAAGGGAGGGGUGGCUGGCUGAACAUAUGUUGAUUUUGGGAAUAACAAAUCCUCAAGGAAAGAAACGUUACAUUGCAGCCGCCUUUCCAUCUGCCUGUGGAAAAACCAAUCUUGCAAUGAUGACCCCAGCAUUGCCCGGCUAUAAAAUUGAAUGUGUGGGUGACGAUAUCGCUUGGAUGCGAUUUGACAGUAAUGGACAACUAAGGGCUAUCAAUCCAGAAAACGGAUUCUUCGGCGUAGCACCUGGUACCUCCAACAGCAGCAAUCCAAUAGCUAUGAAGACAAUUUUCAAGAACACAGUAUUCACAAACGUGGCUUCGACAAGCGACGGAGGUGUAUUUUGGGAAGGAAUGGAAGACGAAGUUCGCAAUGAUGUUAAAAUCACAGACUGGCGUGGGAAUCCAUGGGUCCGAGGAAAGAGUUCUUCUCCAGCUGCUCAUCCCAAUUCAAGAUUUUGCACUCCCGCUGCACAAUGCCCCAUUAUUGACCCAGCGUGGGAAGAUCCAGAAGGUGUACCAAUUUCGGCAAUCCUAUUCGGAGGUCGUAGGCCGGCCGGAGUUCCUCUAGUGUACGAGGCACGCAACUGGAAGCAUGGAGUCUUUGUUGGCGCCGCUAUGAGAUCUGAAGCUACUGCUGCUGCAGAACACAAAGGAAAGGUCAUCAUGCACGAUCCGUUCGCUAUGAGGCCCUUCUUUGGUUACAAUUUCGGAGACUACUUGAGACAUUGGCUAUCCAUGGAAAAACGCUCGAAAAAUUUGCCCAAAAUAUACCACGUCAACUGGUUCCGAAAAGGAAGCGAUGGUAAAUUCCUUUGGCCAGGAUACGGUGAGAACUCCAGAGUCUUAGACUGGAUUUUGAGAAGACUGGACAACGAAGACUGUGCUCAAGAGACUCCUAUAGGAUAUCUUCCUAAACAGAAUUCAUUGAAUCUCGACGGACUGAAAGAAAAUGUUAACUUAACUGAAUUAUUCAGUUUACCUAAAGAUUUCUGGUCAGAGGAGGUGUACGCUAUAGAGAAAUAUUUGUCAGAGCAAGUAGGAAGUGAUCUGCCUAAUGAAAUUUCUAAGGAAUUAGCUGAACUUAGGAACCGCGUCAGUGCCAUGUAGAGUUAGAUAGACCAUGUCCAUUUUCUCGUCUCGAUUUUGUCCUUUGUUUUUUUAUAAUACAUUUCAAUGUAUAAAUAUAUAAAAUACAUUGACAUAUAUAAUCUAAUAUUACAAUAGGAUAUUGUAUCCUAGACAUUUACUCAUACAAGAAUUUCUUAUUUAUAUUCCGAGUAUAUUAUAUUUUUAUAUUUAAGGUUUUAUGUUAUUUGUA